CUUUGCUGCUCAUCCAACCUUUUGAGCUCAUCUUACAAAACACGAACGCAGUUAUCGUCUUUGCGGUAAACUUCGAUUCUUUGCCGUCUGCUCGCUGGACACAAGCAGACAGGAGAGGGUGGAGAACAUUGACUUGUAACCAUAGAUUAUAUACUAUCAUGGCCGCCGACCUUUUGCUUUUAAAAAUGGUGUGAAGCGUGCGCACCAUGGGCCUUGCCACAACAUCUAAAUUAUGAUGGGCAAAACAUCAAUUCCCCUACAUUCUAGUGUAAGCAAAAUUUUUCCCUCACUAGUCUCUAUUUUGUUUAAAUUGAGCCAUACAGUGCUAUGUAAAACUAUGCGCUCCAAUGUGAACCGGAAAUACACCAAAAUAUGCAUUCUAGGAUAUGAUAAUAAUUAAUUUCUAUGACUGAGAGAGUGAGAGAGAGGUGUGUUGUGUAGGCCUUCUGUGUACUGUGUAGCCUCGGGCCUACUGAAGCCAGAUCUACUGCUGUGUGUUUAUCAUUGGUGCUCAAGAUGGCGAACGGUAUGCCCAGAUCAGGAGCUUUCGAAGUGUUCAUUCGGCAACAAUGGUGUCCUGUUAGUGUAACUUUAAACGAAGAAUCAUUGACCCUCACACUUACUGAAAACCCCGAUCAAGCAAGUGCAACAAAUGGUUCAGUCGAUGCAGGACAUGGUUUGGCGAAUGGAAAUGCUGAACUUCCAGAGUCUAUCACCGGCCAAAAACGUUAUGUGAAGGUGGUGAAGGAAGAACAGCAUGGUCUGGGCAUCAGCAUCAAAGGAGGCAAGGAGAAUCGCAUGCCGAUCCUCAUCUCCAAGAUCUUCAAGAAUAUGGCCGCCGACAAGACGGAGAAGCUGUAUGUUGGAGACGCCAUCUUGUCUGUUAAUGGAGAGGACUUGAGGGAGGCCACUCAUGAUGACGCCGUCAAGGCCUUGAAGAAAGCCGGGAGAAUUGUGGAGAUGGAAGUGAAGUACUUGAGAGAGGUGACUCCAUACUUUCGAAAGUCGUCUCCCCUGAACGAGCUGGGCUGGGGCACGCAGGACUCUGCUCACAAGGACGGCUCCAAAGCCAGCUGGUCAGAGACAAAGACGCUGCCGCUGGCCCUGUGCUAUCUCUGUCGUAAUUUGACUGUCGCCGAUGCCGAACGCCGGUCGCUGGAGCUCCACUCGCCAGACGGGAAGGGUGUGUGCACGCUGCGGUUCCCUGACCCAGCCACGGCCAGCGAUUGGUUCAACGCUCUCCAUUCUAACGUGAUGAUGUUGACUAAACAGGCUAUUGAUGACGCCAACAAAAUGCUGAGCUCCGCCCCCAAUCAGAAUGAGAUUCGGCACAUGGGUUGGCUGUCAGAGCAGCUGAGUGGUGAUCAGGGUGCCUCCCUGUGGAAGCCUGUGUUCAUGGCUCUCACAGACAAGGACAUUCUUCUCUACGACACGGCACCUGUCAGCAGGGAGGAGUGGGCCACACCCUUCCAGUCACACCCACUGCUAGCCACCAGACUGGUGAGCGUGAGCAAGCCUAGCAACCAGCUGGUCGGUGCCGACAUCAUGUCCUUUGGUACAAGGUCAGGGUCAAGGACAGGCGUGGAGCUGCACAUCUUCCGAGUGGAGACACAGAGAGAUCUGGCCUUCUGGUCGCGGGCACUGGUGAUAGGAUCACAUGGGGCGGCUCUGGUCACCAAACAGGUGUCAUGUUCGGCAGUGUGGAAGGGUAAGAAGACGAAACUAACCGUGCACUACGAGGACGGGUUCACCCUGAGUGAGGAGCCAGACGGGGGCGAAGGUCAGGGGGACGUGCUGUGGUCACACCCAUUCGAACAUCUACGUAUGUCGUCUGACGAUGGUCACCGGCUGCUUGGGCUGGACUUUGCUGAUGUAGGAGAGCAGGAAUUGGACCUGAACACGUGCCCUAAGCCGAUAGUGUUUGUCAUUCACACCUUCUUGUCUGCAAAGGUCAGUCGUAUGGGCCUUAUUGCAUGAUGAGUACUCUGCUGAAACCUAGAGAAGUGCAAGAAAAGGGACCUUAUGGACGUGUGAAAAUGUAACUUGUUGCUCUUCUGGCCUCUGGAAUUGGCACCGGUGACGACAUACAAAGAGCAGAACUAACAGGCAUUGACUUGAGAACUCAAGAUUUAUAUUUUAAAAAUUUUAAUGAGAGUUUGGCUUGCUAAUUGUGAGUUGUAAUUCCUUUGCCCAACCUGUCUGUGCUGCCAAAAUAUCUGGCCUUUGCCUGUCCCAGCAUUCAUUGAAGCAUAAGGUGAAAGAGCUCCAGCGGAGACCAUCGCUUAUUGGUAAGAAUGCAAGUGUGAGACAUCACAGCAGUUUGCCAGAAUGCUUGCAAGCUGUUACACUAUCAUGAGACCUGAUUCUGUCUAUCUUUUUACCCUCCACUUUCCUCUUGCAUAAUUUCCUCAGAAGGUUGGUUCAUGGUUAUGUGUAAUCUCUGUUCCAAGCAUUUUGUUGUGUUUGAGCGAUGAAGCAGUAUGAUAUUGUAACAUGUUUAGACGCUGUUUAUUGUUUAUGACAGUUUACAUUAAGCCGCACAGACUUGAUGGGUUUGAUCUGAACUGUGUCAAUGGAGGUCUAUAACAUCUACAAUUUAUUUAUCGCUUUCUUCCCUCGGCUUCAAAAUUAAAAAGAAUAAGAUGAUAAUUACAGUCAAAUGCACCAAGCUGCUGUGUGGAGCACAAACUGCUACAUGAACCGCCUAAGCUCAAUAAGCUCCAGAUGCAAUCACCUGUCUGUUUGAUGAUGCCUUUUCUGUCGUGUAUGCAUGAUGUCCCCAAUGUUAAGAUUCUAUUGUUUACUGACUCUCUGUGCUAAUGAAUAAUUACCCAAGUAGAGCUUGUGUAUAAGAUGACCAUUAUGUCGUCCAGAUAUGUUCUGUCUACAGGCAGUUGGAUGGAGGGGUGCUGUCACUGGCAUGUCCUACUUUUUCGCUGUCUCUCUUUUGUUUCUGUCAGUGUGUCUAUCCUGCUUUUUUCGCCUUCGCAAACUGACUGUUAUUGUGUGGGUGAAAUUCUCUCUGUUCGUAAAACAAACAGUCCCCUCUACUGAUAUCAAAGGGGUCAGGCCUAGUGCCUUGGCUAUCUGCUCAGAAACUGUGGUAUGAUAUCAGUUUUGAUUUAGAGAAGGCUGUACACAUCACCAGGCCCGUAGGAUUGGGUUCUGUGUGUAACACAGUAUCUUGCCUCCUUCUUCAAUCGUUUGUGGGCAUUAUUUUUUACAUAAUGUAUAUUGUCUGUUUUCUUUUCCUCUUACAUUUAUUCUCCCCCUCUCUCUGACAGAAUAUUGUACCUCUCUUGAGUUGGUUUCUGCUGCAUGUUUAUUGUGUGCGUCUCUGAAUGAAAUAUUCUCACGUGGAGUUUGUUCAUGGCAGAGACUACGGGUAGCAUUUGGAUUUGUGUCCACUUGAAAUCUAUUGCUGUUGAACUUUGCCCUCACAAAGACUUUUGGUGUCUACUGACUGAAACAUCUGGUCAGGACAUUGUCAUGUUGAUUGCAGCUGGAGCUUGUAAUCCUUCCUUCUAUUGACAUGUGAA